UCAGAUCAAAUUUAUAAAUUUCAAAACAAUUAUACCAUUCUCAAAAAGUUCCUAUUUGAUUAAUCUUGACUUAUUAUAUACAUCAAUCAUGACAAAUACAAAGCAGAUGAUCAUAGAAUCAAUAAUUGAGCCAGUAAGAGAAGAAAUUCAGCUGACAGAAUUAAAGCCAGUCGAACAAUCACGAAUCAAAGAAAAUAUUGAUGAUAAAGAUAUCAACGUCACAGAUGGUCUAAGAGCUUUACGCAGUUUUUCACAUCAACAAAUUCAUGAAUUUGAACAGUUGGAAACAGUUGGUUAUUCAAAAAGGGGAAAAGGUAAAAAGUGGAAGCUUUUAAAUAAAAUUUAUAAAAUUAUAAUUAAAAAUUUUGUCGAAAUCAAGAAAGAUAAAAAAUUACAGAAAAUCGAUUUUCAAUCAAAUGUAAAACCUCGAACUAGGGGUAGACCUAGAAAAAAUUUAACUAUAAUAACGAAAUCAGAUGCAUUAUCAAAGCCAAAAAGAUCGAAUUCGACCUUAGAAUUCUUUGAUCAGUCGGAAAAAGAACUUCAAAAUAAAAUUAAUAAUAUAAUACAGGCAAAUUACCUUGUGGAGCAAGAGAACAACAAUGUUCUGGAUAAUAGUCAUAAUAAAAUGAAAAAAAAAGAGUUAUGCAAUGAUAAGUAUACUAAAGAUCAACCGAAAAAAUAUUGUUGUCUCAUAUGUAAAGCACACUUUAAAGGUAGUGGAGGUUUACGUAACCACUAUAAAGUUGUGCAUACCUCUGGUCCAUUAUUCAAAUGUGAUGAAUGCGGCAAAGAAUUUCCUUUAAAAGAACGACUUAAACUUCAUGUGCGUACUCAUACGGGCUUUAAACCCUACAAAUGUUCCGAUUGUGAUAAGAGUUUUGCCAGAGGAGGUCAACUAGUUCAGCAUCGCCGUACCCAUAAUCAAAUAAAACCAUAUAGUUGUCACCUUUGUUCUGGAACUUUUACGUGCGCAGCAAAUUUAGCUUUACAUGUAAAACGUCAUAAUGGUCAAAAAGACCACAAAUGCGAUAUUUGUGGUAGGGGCUUUGUACGGCGAGAUGCCUUGAAAAAACAUUUAGAGUGCUUACAUAGAGAUGUUAAAUCCUUUCUUUGUAUUAUUUGUAAUAAAACAUUUAAAGGUCAUUUACCUCAGCAUAUGCGAACUCAUGCUAAGGAUAGACCACAUGGCUGCGCCACCUGUGGUCAACGUUUUGCUCAAAAAAGUCAACUGACCGUUCACCAAAGAACACAUUCUGGACAAAGACCCUUUAGAUGUCUUGUGUGUUGGCAAGCUUUUGCCCAUUCUACUGCCUUAAAAUUACACACUAGAAGACACACGGGAGAAAGGCCCUUUAAAUGUGCUGAAUGCAAUGCUGGAUUUACGCAACUUCCUCAUUGGAAAAAACAUAUGAAAUGUAUUCACGGUAGAAAUGAACCAUAUUCUUGUAGAAAAUGCAACAAUUUUUUCAGAAUUAAAAAUGAUUUAGAAGCUCACGAAAAAGAUUGCCAGGUUGAAUCUAAUAAUGACUCAACUAGUUCAGAUCCUGGAAAUUCUAGAGAUGGAAAUGAAGGAAUAUCAAUUAAUACGAUAGGUAAAUAUAGAAAUAUGUCAAUUGAAAAAAUGAGACUACUACUAGCUGUCUUGUUGAAGAGAAUUUCCAAACCUGAUAGACUGGAUGAAUUAGGAUUUGGUAAAAGGCUUAUUGAUGAAGUUCUUAUAGAUUCUUUAGUUUCUGCUGGUAAGGAGGCUAUUAAAACUAAUUCGAUGUCUGAAUUUGACGCACUAAGGCAAAAUCUUGCUGUAUUUCUACAAUGGACAGUGCCCAAAGAACAUUGGAAUAGUUUUCGGAAAAUGAAGAAGACUCCAGAAGAAGUACUGGAAACUCUUACUGCCACAUAAAAAUAUUUACUUAAAUAAGAUAUUUGUCAGUUUA